AUGUCAGGUGUCAAGAACCUCCGGGCCAUGUUCGAGCAAAAGCAUGAUACCAGCCCCCCAGACCGAGGCAGAUCUCCCGGUCCUGGCACCGGGCCUGGGACACCUUCUUUCGGCUCUCCCACACCAUCCUCCCGCCCAUUGUCCAAAGUUCGUACCAAUUUCAUCGCUGUCGAGAAGGACGGUCGCGUAGGACUUGCCAGAGACCCCAGCCGUGACUCGGUAUCAGCCUCGAGUAGGAGGUUAAGCAACGAGACCGAGAGCAUCACACCAGCACCUCUCCAAGAAAACAACGACCCAUUCUCCGACAACAUGGCCAACAACCUCGCCUCGUUCAAGACAAACCUUGCCAACGACCCUAUACCGGAAUCUCCAGCGCAGAGCUCCCCCGGCAAAUCCUCCCCGGAGAAGGGAACGGAGCAGGGAGCCGAGACGCCCGAAAUCACACCCUGCCCCAAUCCAGACAAGAUAGUGGAUGAGGAAGAGUCUCAGACCAAGCUUACACCGGCGGAUCCUACCGUCAAGACCGAGACCAAUGGCAAGUCAAAUGGCCUCCAUGGCACACCAGAGGCCGAGAACAAACCCAAGCACACAACGACCACGACCAAGUCUGCACCCAAGACGGCAGCCCCCAUCACAACCUCUGCCAAGACAGCUUCCAAACCGCUCAAGUCUCCAUUGCCGCCCAAGACACCCAAGAGUCCUGCAAAGGAGGCCCCAACAGCCAAGGUGCCAGAAAGAAAGCCUGCUGCCAAGGCCACGACGCCCAAAGCCGCUGCUCCUAGGUCCAGAUCUACGGCUUCGUCGGACAAGAAGCCUGGUGCGCCGGAGCUGUCACCAUCUGCCAGCUUUGUCAGGGCCAAGCCAAAAUCACCGACUCGUCCAGUCCAACUGCCUUCAAGGCUUACUGCACCCACGACUGCGUCGGCCUCGAAGCUCGGCAGCAGUGCCCUUCCGCGUGGACAAUCACAGACUCGUGCCCCGGGCAACACAGCCGCUCCAACGGCCGCCCACAGACCAGCUAGUAGAGUGAGCACUGCGACUGCUGGAACAUCUUCUUCGGGCAAGACUCUGAAGCGCCAGGCAUCAACUGUCGGCAGGGCCCGGCCAAGCCUGGGCCCCCCGCCCAAGCUACCCUCCAAGGACCACCCGCCAGUUCGUAAGGAUGGCCACCAGGUGGAUGAGGGUUUCCUGGCUCGCAUGAUGAGGCCGACGGCGAGUAGCGCUAGUAAGACCUCGGACAAGACUCCCGUCACGCCGCCAAGGAAACAAGCUGCGCCGGCGGCGAUUAAGAAGCCGAUUGAUAGUGCCAAGAAGGCGACAGCCAAGCUGGCCGAAACCAUCAAGAAGGACAGCACCGUGAAGAAGCAGCCAGUCGUGGCCAAGGCAGAGGUGAAGAAAACAGCCCCCUCAAAGAUUGCCAAGCCUGCAGAGCCGACCGCAAAGGAGGUCGCCCCUGUGACUGCACAGGCUGAAAGCCCUGAGGCAGCCGUCGAAGCGGCGAAGACGUCGGGGGAUACUGCCGUCGAGCCCAUUGCAGGACAUCAGGAGACGGAAGCAGAUGUACGAACAACAACAACAACGCCUGAUGGUGAGCCCAAGGUCGGGGAGGAGUCAACGGCAGACGAUGUUCAGACAAGGGCACCGGCAGACAACGAAGAGUCCGUGGUUACUGAAGAACCCGAGGCUGUGGGAGAGGCUGUCGCAGCCCACAACGACGCCUCGCCCAGCACAGAGACGACUGCUGCGCCAGAACUCAAGGAGGACCCCCUCUUCGAUGCCGAGGCUGUCCCGUUGGAUGCAGACAAGGUCGACUCCUUGAACCACAAGGAGACGACGACAGACAAUGUGCCACAAGUCGAGGGAGAGAAGCAACUCGCCUCGACAGACAAGGAGGCAGUUCCAGCCAUUGCAGCAGACCCAGCAAAGGUAGAGGAUAUCGAGGACGUGGUUCAGGAGACUACAGAGCAAACAGCUGAGAAGGCUGAAUAG